GGCUCGCUGUCGCGCCAUUUUGCCGGGGUUUGAAUGUGAGGCGGAGCGGCGGCAGGAGCGGGUAGUGCCAGCUACGGUCCGCGGCUGGGGUUCCCUCCUCCGUUUCUGUAUCCCCACGAGGUGAGGCGCGGGGCGUGCACGGCCUACCAGAGUGGCUCUUGGGGCCCAGCUGAGGAAGGGAUGAGGCGCUCCCGGUACUAACGAGCGCUAGGGAGUGAGAACCGCGCCUCUGGGCGAGAGCGGAAUGUGGGCCCGGGGUUCGGGCGGUGCGCUCAGGCAAGGUCUUCGGCUUCCCUAGGCAGCGCUUGCCGCGCCUCGCGGCGUCCUAGGUCUCUGGCCCAGGUGCGGCGACCCCAGGGCCUGUGAGGGCUGAGGGCAACUGAGGCGCGGCCUAACGCGAGCCUGCGGAUUGCCCGCCCUUUCCUCUCCAUCACGGCGCUGAUUGGCUGCGCCGCCGCCUCUCCGCUCGGGAAGGCCGCUCCUUAUUGGUCGCGCUCGCAUGUCCAUUCUCUGCGACGGUGGCUGCUAGCCGCGCGAGCUGGGUGUGCGGCGGCGAGGCCUUCCCGGGCGGGGACUGCGGGCGCGUGGAGCUGCGGCUGCCGCGCGUCGUCCCUUGCCCUAACUCUAGUGAAGCCCCCGAACUCCCCCUUCUCUAACCUCUGUACUUGUAUCCCUGACUGUAAAACGGGCAUCGUGAUCUCACUUUGCUGAAUUGUUUGUGAGAAUUCUAGUCGGUACACCCGGGACAUAGAAAUCCCCUGUAACGCGGGUGGGGGGAGGGUUCCCUCGUUUUGGGAGAAACGCUGUGCUGUGGUGGUUCGGAGCAUAGACUUUGGAAUUAGAUCGCCUGGGUUCAUUCCAGACGUAGCCUCUCUUUAGGGGUGUAACUUGAGGCUGGUCACCUCAUCUCACUGAGCCUCCAUUUCCUUAGCUGCAAAAUGGGGUUAAUAACAGAAUCUACCUCGGAAAGUGGCUUUGAGGAUGCGCUGAGUUAUUUACCGUGGUUUACAAAGGUUCCCUGGGAGCUGACGGUUGUUUAUUCAUCUCUCCCACCCAUCUUUCUCCUUAGCCAGUGUGGCUUUCUGUUUCUUCCAUAUUCCAGGCUUAUUCCGAUUUAAAAUUACUUGCACAUGCCUUUUGUUUGCUGGGGAAGUACCAACAUUUUUGCAAGGCAGGCCGCCUCUCCCAAGUUUCCCUCACCUUAGGCCUCCCCUAACCAACCUCUUCUUUUGUUUUCUUUUUCUUUUUUCUUUUUGAGAGAGAGAGUCUCGCUCUGCCUCCCAGGCUGGAGUGCAGUGGCGCGAUCUCGACUCACUGCAACCUCCGCCUCCCGGAUUCAAGCGAUUCUCCUGCCUCAGCCUCCCGAAUAGCUGAGACUACAGAUCCUAUAGCAAUGGAACUCAGCGAUGCAAAUCUGCAAACACUAACAGAAUAUUUAAAGAAAACACUUGAUCCUGAUCCUGCCAUCCGACGUCCAGCUGAGAAAUUUCUUGAAUCUGUUGAAGGAAAUCAGAAUUAUCCACUGUUGCUUUUGACAUUACUGGAGAAGUCCCAGGAUAAUGUUAUCAAAGUAUGUGCUUCAGUAACAUUCAAAAACUAUAUUAAAAGGAACUGGAGAAUUGUUGAAGAUGAACCAAACAAAAUUUGUGAAGCCGAUCGAGUGGCCAUUAAAGCCAACAUAGUGCACUUGAUGCUUAGCAGCCCAGAGCAAAUUCAGAAGCAGUUAAGUGAUGCAAUUAGCAUUAUUGGCAGAGAAGAUUUUCCACAGAAAUGGCCUGACUUGCUGACAGAAAUGGUGAAUCGCUUUCAGAGUGGAGAUUUCCAUGUUAUUAAUGGAGUCCUCCGUACAGCACAUUCAUUAUUUAAAAGAUACCGUCAUGAAUUUAAGUCAAACGAGUUAUGGACUGAAAUUAAGCUUGUUCUGGAUGCCUUUGCUUUGCCUUUGACUAAUCUUUUUAAGGCCACUAUUGAACUCUGCAGUACCCAUGCAAAUGAUGCCUCUGCCCUGAGGAUUCUGUUUUCUUCCCUGAUCCUGAUCUCAAAAUUGUUCUAUAGUUUAAACUUUCAGGAUCUCCCUGAAUUUUUUGAAGAUAAUAUGGAAACUUGGAUGAAUAAUUUUCAUACUCUCUUAACAUUGGAUAAUAAGCUUUUACAAACUGAUGAUGAAGAGGAAGCCGGCUUAUUGGAGCUCUUAAAAUCCCAGAUUUGUGAUAAUGCCGCACUCUAUGCACAAAAGUACGAUGAAGAAUUCCAGCGAUACCUGCCUCGUUUUGUUACAGCCAUCUGGAAUUUACUAGUUACAACGGGUCAAGAGGUUAAAUAUGAUCUGUUGGUAAGUAAUGCAAUUCAAUUUCUGGCUUCAGUUUGUGAGAGACCUCAUUAUAAGAAUCUAUUUGAGGACCAGAACACGCUGACAAGUAUCUGUGAAAAGGUUAUUGUGCCUAACAUGGAAUUUAGAGCUGCUGAUGAAGAAGCAUUUGAAGAUAAUUCUGAGGAGUACAUAAGGAGAGAUUUGGAAGGAUCUGAUAUUGAUACUAGACGCAGGGCUGCUUGUGAUCUGGUGCGAGGAUUAUGCAAGUUUUUUGAGGGACCUGUGACAGGAAUCUUCUCUGGUUAUGUUAAUUCCAUGCUGCAGGAAUACGCAAAAAAUCCAUCUGUCAACUGGAAACACAAAGAUGCAGCCAUCUACCUAGUGACAUCUUUGGCAUCAAAAGCCCAAACACAGAAGCAUGGAAUUACACAAGCAAAUGAACUUGUAAACCUAACUGAGUUCUUUGUGAAUCACAUCCUCCCUGAUUUAAAAUCAGCUAAUGUGAAUGAAUUUCCUGUCCUUAAAGCUGACGGUAUCAAAUAUAUUAUGAUUUUUAGAAAUCAAGUGCCAAAAGAACAUCUUUUAGUCUCGAUUCCUCUCUUGAUUAAUCAUCUUCAAGCUGAAAGUAUUGUUGUUCAUACUUACGCAGCUCAUGCUCUUGAACGGCUCUUUACUAUGCGAGGGCCUAACAAUGCCACUCUCUUUACAGCUGCAGAAAUCGCACCGUUUGUUGAGAUUCUGCUAACAAACCUUUUCAAAGCUCUCACACUUCCUGGCUCUUCAGAAAAUGAAUAUAUUAUGAAAGCUAUCAUGAGAAGUUUUUCUCUCCUACAAGAAGCCAUAAUCCCCUACAUCCCUACUCUCAUCACUCAGCUUACACAGAAGCUAUUAGCUGUUAGUAAGAACCCAAGCAAACCUCACUUUAAUCACUACAUGUUUGAAGCAAUAUGUUUAUCCAUAAGAAUAACUUGCAAAGCUAACCCUGCUGCUGUUGUAAAUUUUGAGGAGGCUUUGUUUUUGGUGUUUACUGAAAUCUUACAAAAUGAUGUGCAAGAAUUUAUUCCAUACGUCUUUCAAGUGAUGUCUUUGCUUCUGGAAACACACAAAAAUGACAUCCCAUCUUCCUAUAUGGCCUUAUUUCCUCAUCUCCUUCAGCCAGUGCUUUGGGAAAGAACAGGAAAUAUUCCUGCUCUAGUGAGGCUUCUCCAAGCAUUCUUAGAACGCGGUUCAAACACAAUAGCAAGUGCUGCAGCUGACAAAAUUCCUGGGUUACUAGGUGUCUUUCAGAAGCUGAUUGCAUCCAAAGCAAAUGACCACCAAGGUUUUUAUCUUCUAAACAGUAUAAUAGAGCACAUGCCUCCUGAAUCAGUUGACCAAUAUAGGAAACAAAUCUUCAUUCUGCUAUUCCAGAGACUUCAGAAUUCCAAAACAACCAAGUUUAUCAAGAGUUUUUUAGUCUUUAUUAAUUUGUAUUGCAUAAAAUAUGGGGCACUAGCACUACAAGAAAUAUUUGAUGGUAUACAACCAAAAAUGUUUGGAAUGGUUUUGGAAAAAAUUAUUAUUCCUGAAAUUCAGAAGGUAUCUGGAAAUGUAGAGAAAAAGAUCUGUGCGGUUGGCAUAACCAAAUUACUAACAGAAUGUCCCCCAAUGAUGGACACUGAGUAUACCAAACUGUGGACUCCAUUAUUACAGUCUUUGAUUGGUCUUUUUGAGUUACCCGAAGAUGAUACCAUUCCUGAUGAGGAACAUUUUAUUGACAUAGAAGAUACACCAGGAUAUCAGACUGCCUUCUCACAGUUGGCAUUUGCUGGGAAAAAAGAGCAUGAUCCUGUAGGUCAAAUGGUGAAUAACCCCAAAAUUCACCUGGCACAGUCACUUCACAAGUUGUCUACCGCCUGUCCAGGAAGGACCUAUUUUUGAAGGCAUAAAAGCAGUUGAGUUUCUGGAGAAUUUUUGGAUGGUGAUUAAUGACUUGACUGGCUGCUCUUCCCAGAGCUGUGGCAGCUCUCCCGUAGAAGAUGGGGUUUGUAUUGGCGCACCAAGAUCUCCAACAGCCAGUGUGUGUUUCCCAUCUCUUGUAGGUUCCAUCAAUGGUGAGCACCAGCCUGAAUGCAGAAGCGCUCCAGUAUCUCCAAGGGUACCUUCAGGCAGCCAGUGUGACACUGCUUUAAACUGCAUUUUUCUAAUGGGCUAAACCCAGAUGGUUUCCUAGGAAAUCACAGGCUUCUGAGCACAGCUGCAUUAAAACAAAGGAAGUUUUCCUUUUGAACUUGUCACGAAUUCCAUCUUGUAAAGGAUAUUAAAUGUUGCUUUAACCUGAA